CCCAAUGUCAAAACGGAAGCAAGACGACCCAACCAACAACGACGACAGCGACGGCGAAGACAUCAACCUUGUCAACGUCGACUUUGAGUUUUUCGACCCCAAUCCGGAUGUCGACUUCAUCGCCCUCAAGCGGCUCAUCCUCCAGCUCUUCCAGACAGAUGCAGAGCUCUUCCAUCCCGACCAGCUCGCCGACCUCAUCCUGUCCCAGCCCCUCGUUGGCUCUACCGUAAAAACAGACGGUCGCGAGACUGAUCCGUAUGCCUUCCUCACCGUGCUUAAUAUGCACGUCCACCAAAAUCACCCGUCCAUAAAAGCGUUGAUCGAGUACGCCCUCGCCAAGUCUGCAAACAACAUUCCCCUCCACUCGACACUCCAAAACAUCCUAGGCAGUGCUGGCCUCGCAUCCUCCAACCACGCCGGCUUCAUCUUCUGCGAGCGCCUCGUCAACAUGCCUGUCCAAGUCAUCCCACACAUGUACCGCAUGCUAGUCGACGAAAUAAAAUGGGCCGUUGAGGAGGAUGAGCCCUACGUAUUCACUCAUUUCCUGAUAUUCUCGCGGACAUACCGAAUGUCCGCUGAAGAGCAGGCCGAGCUACAGGCCGCCGCGCCCCAGGCAAAGCGCCCGCGCAAAUCUCUCCCCACCUCGUCCGCCGGGGGCGUCUUUUCGUUCCAUCACGAAGACGAGCUCACGCAGCAGGUCGCUCUGCAUACGCUAGACUACACGUUCACCGGGGCGCCGCCGCGAGAGAAAGAUUCGUUUGGUCUGGAUGUGGGUGGCCGCAUGAUGCUUGUCCCCGCAGAGCAGCUCCCCGGGCUUGUCGCUCGCAUGGCUGAGGUGUACGCCGUGCCGUCAUGA